AUGAAUACUGAUUAUUUUCUUCGUCCAAUACCAACUGAAGCUUUUCAUAAAUUUAUUAUGCAAACAUAUAUAGACAGUCAACAGAUUAUAAUAAGUUAUCAUAUUUCAGUAUGGGAGUCAUUAUCAAGGACACAAUUAAUUCUCAUGAUAUUAUCGUUUACUUUAUGGUUCAUAAUGAUUUCUAUGUCAACUUUGGGUUUUAUUGUAGCAUAUCGUAAACUUGAAAAGUCAAUAUAUUCGUCAUUACCUGUUGAUAAAGCACCUGGUGUUUCAAUAAUAAGGCCGCUUAAAGGCAUAGAUUGCAAUUUAUAUGAUAACUUAUUAUCAACGUUUCUACAAGAUUAUUCGAAUUUCGAAAUACUCUUUUCAGUAGCUACUGAAAAUGAUCCUUCCAUAGAAGUU